UCGCACACACUGCCGCUGCUGCUACCGCUGCUACCGCUGCUGCUGCUGCUGGUGUUGCUGGUGGUACUGGUGGUCUCGCUACUGGUGGUGGUGGUAGUGCUGGUGGUGGUGGUACUGGUGUUAGUGCUGGUGGUGGUAGUUUUGGUGGUGGUGGUUGCUGGUGGUGGUACUGUUUGGUGGUGGUUGCUGGUGGUGGUACUGGUGGUGGUGGUCUCGCUACUGGUUGUGGUAGUGCUGGUGGUGGUGGUGGUUGCUGGUGGUGGUACUGGUUGGUGGUGGUUGCUGGUGGUGGUACUGGUGGUGGUGGUAGUGCUGGUGGUGGUGGUUGCUGGCUCCCUUCUCCUGCGCUGCUUCGUGCUCUUGGAGGAACGUCCCAAAUCGUCAACCACACGGAGGUCGCGGCAGCAGCAGCAGUGGCGAUGUCCUCCCGCGUGUGGCUCCAUCGCCUCCUGGCGGCAGCGCUCCUCGGAGCCGUGGGAGCCAGCGGACGCGUGCGCUGCUACAGCACCCUGCUGCCCUCCACGGCAGGGGAGGCACCCAACGUGACGCUGUGCGACGAGAAGGACGCCUGCUUCGCCUACUACAAGAACACGAGCCAGGGACUGCGGGCCUCCACUCAAGGAUGCUUCAUGAAGAGCAGCAACGGGUGCGACAGCAAAACGUGCAGCGUCGACUUCACGCUGUUCUGCUGCUGCAGCGAGGACCUCUGCAACGUCGCCACCGCCACCCUGGCGCCCACAGAAGAGGUGACGCCGGCGCCGGUGGCCCCGGGCGGCCAUGCCAUGGUGGUGGUGCUCGUGUCGCUCACCGCCGCCGCCACGCUGCUCGCCGCGCUGCUCUACGCGCUGCGCCAGGGCCACAAGCAGUGGAAGAGGAAGAGGGGAAGAGCAGCAGAAGCCCAGCCUUAUCCCAGCAUCGACACCAACAAACUCAUGCUCAUAGAGCAAAUAGGUCGCGGGCGCUACGGCGCGGUGUGGAAGGGGGUGCUGGACGAGUGCACGGUGGCAGUGAAGGUGACGUCGCUGGAGAACCGGCAGAACUUCCUGAACGAGCGCGAGAUCUACCGCCUGCCGCUGGUCGCGCACGGCAACAUCACGCGCUUCAUCGCCGCUGAGGAGCGCAGCGGCCCUGACGGCCGGCCCGAGUUCCUCGUCGUCAUGGAGUACUACCAGCACGGCUCCCUGAGCAACUUCCUGAUGAACAACGCGAGCGAGUGGGAAUGCUCGUGCCGCCUGGCGCAUUCGCUCACCCGGGGGCUCUCCUACCUCCACUCGGAGAUCGUCAAGAACGGCGACUACGACCAGUACAAGCCCGCCAUCGCGCAUCGGGACUUGAACAGCCGGAACGUGCUGGUGCGCGCGGACCACAGCUGCGUGCUCAGCGACCUGGGCCUCGCCAUGAAGCUGACGCGACGCUCGCCAGUCCAGCGCGGCGGGGACGACGACACCUCCACCAUCUGCGAGGUGGGGACGUUCCGCUACAUGGCCCCGGAGGUGCUGGACGGAGCCAUCGACCUCACGGACUACGAGACGGCGCUCAAGCAGGUGGACGUCUACUCGCUGGGCCUCGUCUACUGGGAGAUCUUCAUGCGGUGCCGCAACCUCUUCCCCGAGGGCCGAGCGCCGCCCUACGAGAUGGCGCUGCAGGCGGAGCUGGGCAACCACCCGUCCUUCGAGGACGUGCAGCACUUUGUGGCGCGAGAGCGGCAGAGGCCCAGGUUCCCCGACGCGUGGAGGGACGACAGCUUCAUGAUCUCCUGUCUCAAGGCGGUGAUCGAGGAGUGCUGGGAGCAUGAUGCCGAUGCCCGUCUCACGGCCAACUGCGCCGAGGAGAGGCUCGCCGAGCUGCAGUCCCUCCGCUCCCCGGGCCCCGCCGCCCCCACCGACACCACCACCGCCGCCCCCACCAUGGAAACGAACAACAAAAUAAACUCGCUCCGCGGGCAGUGCGACGGGCCGCGUUCCCCGGAUGGCGUCUACAUCGAGGAGCCUCGCGGCGACCCCAACGGCCGGGUCAAAUGCCCGGGCCCUCGGGGCUCCGCGUGCGACCGCGGAAGCGUCGGCGAGAGCGGCGGCGAGGGGACGGCCGACGUGGCGGUCUCCUCCCGGACGGAGGCGGAGCGUGGCUCGUCGCCGGUGCCGCCGGCAAACGGGACGCCGGCCGACCGCGACCCCGCGGCCUCCGUGACCUUGCUGGGUGGCGAUGACGCGGUGAAAUCUGGGAGGGCGGGCGACGCGAUCUACACGAGGGAAGGGGGGGAGAACUUCGGGGAGGGGAGGGGGGGAGGGCUCCUGGGAUCGUCCGGCAAGAGUUUCCACGAGAUGGGCCUGCUGAACAGCAACCAAAACACGUACGCGGUGUACUGACGCCUGUGGCGGUCCGCCCCACCUGGUAUUGACUGAGGUGUGGUCCGGUAUUCGGGGUACUUCCAUCAUCUGUAUCGUUUCCCACGGCUCGCCUGCCCGUUCCCGUACGCGGACCGACCAGCUCGGACCCAGCUCCAGGGGAGCCCGGGCCUCCUACUCCCAUGAGGCCUGUGUUGGACACUCGUGGUUAGACAACAGCAGUAUAGCAGCAACAAACAGGUUAAAUGUAUAAAUAUAUACCACCUCAAUGCGACUUCAUCUCACGAUGCUUUUCCGAAAGCGAAUGCUUUAUGAAAGGUGGUGGUGGUGGUGAGCGGGGUGGGGGGACAUUAGCACCGGCGUGCGUGCUCCGAGAUGGUUCACGCACAGAUCGAGGGCAUUCCGUUGGUAUCGUGCCACGUCGAGACACGGAUGAUCUGUGAACACCUGCCAGGUCUGUCUGACCAACGUGCAAGACACUGCAUCGCAGCUCACUUACUCCCGGAGACAUUUAAUACAUUUGCGUUCAUACAGCGCUUUCAGUACAGCUCUGCUCUAUUUUCUUUAAAAUGUUAUCCUUUGUUGUAAUGCAAUGUUUAUUUUUGAGUGCUGGAGGCAAGCUUUGGUAGGUUCAUGGAAAUCUAAAGUGUAUUUUUUAUUAUUUAUAAUAGAUUUUUGGGUCAGAUGGCCUUAGUGAACUCUGUGUUGUGAACCUCCUCCACCCGACAAAGACAAUUCAUAUAGUUGUCAAACAUGCCAAUCUUACUGCUUCAGCACACUGGUGUGCUGGAUACCAUUUUACAACACGCAUUUUACUUUUGCGAUCUAACCCAAAUAUCAAUAAGAAAUUCUAAUUUAUCUUUUGUAUAAGGUAGCUGCUGUUAUACAUAGCGCAUUGUGCGGAAAUUUAUUUUUUUAUCAAGUGUACCUAGAUGGAGAGUGUGCAGCCAAUACACAGCCAAACACAAGAGGUGUUAUUGAUGCAGUUAUUUCACUCGGACAGAGUCACCGGUACCGUGUGGACCAUUCGUUAUUUGUGUCGGCAGAAACAUUGUGGGAUUUACCGCGGACAAGAGGAGAGCGCGUGAUUAAAAUGGCAUGGUGCACGGGGGUAAAUUUAGAGCAAAUGUUGCCAACAACCUUCAGAAACACAUGUGCAUUUACCAACUGUGGCAACUUGCGUGGCAAUGGCGUUGGUCAACUUAAGUUCUGUCUACAGAACAAGAGGAAACUUUUUCAAGUGAAGAUUGCCACAAAAUCGCUCAUACGUUAUGGCCAUUGAUUGCGUCGUGAGAGCGUGUGGGGUCUUGGUGACAAGGUGGGUCUCCAUCCAGCAGUGGCUCGAUCGUGGUUAAUGAUGAGCAUGGUCUUUUUGGGGGUAUCACGUUGGCCUUCCGUGUGGAUUUCAGCUGCAUCCACGAACCGUUUGGAUGCUGGCCUGCAGGAGUUGCCAUGGGUUGCUGCCUUGGUGCCGAAAAGCCACGUGCCGAAAAGCCACGCUAACAUCUGAAUCACUCGGGCUCUCUGCGUCAGCUGUAAGGGGCUGUCCGUGGCCACACGUUGGUCUGUAGUCGUUACUCACGCUGUCAGAGAAUGUCCAGCCUUUGUUUACACACGUUGUCUAUACAGUAACUCAUCUUCAAGAAACUCAUCUCCACUGCAUCCGAUGUUGACUUUACAUGUUCUGAUCAUGGCAUAUAACCUUUCUCAAACUACAACUCCGUGUGCAUGUUGCAUAACUCACGUGUGAUGCACAAUCUCGUUUCCGCCCCUUUUCCCGACAUGCCUCCUUGCACUGGAACAAACUCCCCCUCCACAUGAAGCAGGCAGCACUCCUCCCUCAAGACCCACCUCUUCUCCCUGGCCCAUCCUUCCCUCCAUCCCUAGGUGCCCACCCUAAACCCCGUACCCACUAACCUCCCUCCCCAUACCCAUCCCGAUCCACCAUACCACCUUUAGCUACCCUCAUUGUACCACUCGUCAACGCUUGUAAAGCACCUUGGAUAAAGGCGCUGUAUAAAUAUAAGAUAAGAUUAUGGUUGGAAUAAUUGCUUCUGCCAAUUUGAUAAAUUACUACAAUUCAAGGCCACGAUAUUCUUCCAACGUUUUCUACAUGGUAUGGUACCACUCACGAUGGCUGCAGAAUAAUGUGCGUUAGUUUAUUUAAUUUGACCAGGUGGUGAGAAUCCAAGCGACCAGGACGAGCCUCAUUUGCAAGAAUGCCCUGGGGGCAUCAGUCUGCCAGGAGGGGGCGACGAUUGCUGCCGUGUGUAAAAUCUCAAUUGAGUCAAUUUUCGAUUUUCAGCAAAUUUGGACUGACGCCGUUACACAACGGCCGACUCUUUGCGUUCGGCGUCAGUGGAAUCUUUGAAUGUUCACUGUGAAGCAGGCGGCGUGGAGUAUUCUUCAAGUUGUUUCACCCGCAAAGCGACACCAGUUCCCCCCGCAGAAGCAGAACUACUGUCUUGCUAGAGCUGCGGUUCAGAAGAGAACCCGCUCUCUUAAGAACAAUUGGUGGAGGGAAAGGGUAGAGGACAUUUAGCAACUUCCAGACACAUAAAAAAACUCCCACGACUCCUUCAAAGCAACCAAAGCCAUCUAUGCCCGAUAAACCAAGGCCGAACGCCUCUCUCCGCGCUCCAGUGAUGGGACAAUGCUCUCAAAGCUUUCCAAACUAUCAAUAACGACAACGCGCACCGUCACUGUCACAAGAUAUGUGGUUCUAGGAUUGACCUCAUCAUCCACCACCUCUGUACCCACAAAAGCUGGCCACCAUCGCUGUCCUUGGAGGAUCAUCAUACUCGACCUUGAUGAAUCCCAGGUGGUGAUGAUGCACCCAGUGAUAAUCAGGGCGGCCACUGGAUUCGCACCGCGAAGCUCUGCGAAUCCAGCAAGUGGUGACCGCGUCACUGCCGCCACGUGAACCCAUAACUGUACUUGCACCACAGAUUACAGCCCUUUGUCUAGCCACUUCCAAGUGAAGGCCUCCCCAUGCCGUUUUAGUCAUUGAGGUUGUUUGUGCGGGUUGGUGAAGGGAGAAUCAGAAACUGUUCAGAUGUCACUCGCCCAACGAUGUACGCCGUGGCCUGGAAUCGAACGCGGGUACUGGGUUCACAACACAGUGCGCUGACCAGUGUGCUAUGGCUCUACGCCAAUUAGAAUUUGAAAAAGCAAAAAUCUUACACAUGCAAACUAAACGAUAGUUUUUAUGUUGCUUAGUAAGGCCCACUGAGUUAUGUAGCUAUUUUUCAGAAGUGAC